AUGACAAACGUCAUUUCUUCUGUUGUGUACUCAUCGCUUCGCAAACAUGUUGCCCUCAUUUGGACGGUGUUUUUCAUUCAUGUCGCCAUUUUCCUGGUGAACACCAUUGGUGCGGCCACGAUUGACAACCUGGUACGUCCAGUCUGCCUACGAAUUUCGUCAACAUGUCCCCCUAACGAACACGUUCUCUCUAGCUAUGGGUUCUUUUUUCUCAAGAUCCCGACAUCAAUGUCUGCCCGGGACCAGAAUAAGAUGAAGCGCGAGGCCGUCCAGCUCAAGCGGGAGAUGAACAACACGAGCUCGCAGGAUGAAUUCGCCAAGUGGGCUAAACUGAGACGACGACACGACAAGGCGAUGAGCGACUACGAGACCCUGCACAAGAAACUCUCCUCGCAGAAAACCUCCUUCGACUGGAUCGUCAAAAUCGCCCGGUGGCUCAGCACAAACGGCCUGAAAAUCUUCGUCCAAUUCAGAUACUCCAAGACACCUGUGUUUCCGCUUCCCGGCGGCUGGUUCCCUUACUACAUUGAAUGGAUCUUGUCGUUUCCUCGUGCGCCACAGGGCUCGGUGAGCGUGCAGGUGUGGAACAGCGUGUGCGCCACGGCCGUUACAGUUAUUGCGGAGAUUCUUACAGCGGUGUUUCUGCAGAUGCGGCAAAGAAUAGCGACUCCUGUUCCUGCUACGGCCAAAAAGACGCAAUGA